AUGUAUGAGAGAGCAAGUGGACAACAGGUUAAUUACUCGAAAAGUUCGGUAGUUUUUAGCCGGAACUUGCCAGACGAACUCAAGCAGAUUUUGGCGUUAGAACUAAGAGUUACCAAGGUACAUGAGCAUGACAAGUACCUUGGACUACCAUUCCGUGUUGGCAAAUCCAAAAUGGAUAAAUUCAGUUAUUUACAAGAAAAGGUUACGAACAAGUUGGUGAAUUGGAAGUCACAAAUUCUUAGUUGUGCUGGUAAGACCGUUUUGAUUAAGGUUGUGGCUCAAACAAUGCCUACAUAUGCUAUGAAUUGUUACCUCCUCCCCAAAAUCCUGUGUGAUAACAUACAUAAACUCUGUGCUUCUUUCUUUUGGGGUGAUUCGGAAACCAAAAAGAAAAUUCAUUGGCAGAGUUGGGUGAAGCUUUGCUUGACAAAAGAGGAAGGUGGUAUGGGUUUCAAGAAUCUCUAUGCAUAUAACCUAGCGCUGCUUGCGAAACAAGGAUGGCGAUUUAUGUCUCAGCCAAAUUCACUUGUUACUAGAGUGUUCAAAGCUAGGUACUUUCCCACAAUCUCGUUUCAAGAUGCACAACUUGGGGACAAUCCCUCCUAUCCUUGGAGAAGGAUAUUAGAAGGUAGGUCUGUUUUGCAGGCUAGUGUUAAAUGGAGGAUUGGUGAUGGUACAAAGGCGAGUAUAUGGAAGGAUGCUUGGAUACCUGAAUGUCCCAAAUACCUUAUUCAGAAACCACCUCAUACCCCUUAUGAGUUGGUGUCCGAUCUACUUACUCCCUCUAAAGAUUGGAAUGAGCAGUUGGUUCAUCAUCUUUUUCACCCUCAGGUUGCUGUGCAAAUCAUGCAGAUUCCUCUAAACAGACAUGAUAUGCAGGAUUCCCAAUACUGGGCACCAGAUAAAAAAGGUUUCUUCUCGGUUAAAUCUGCUUAUUGGAUAGCUCGUGCAAAUGUCAUGGGUAAUGUUCUAGCCUCUUCCUCACAAGGUGUACAAAGCUCUGUGGCAGAAAAUAUGGCAGGCUAA